GCAUAAACUUGUAACCUGAUCUGCUCUUUCCUUCAUGCAAUCUUCCCACCUUUGUAUCUUUACCUCCCGGCCACUGGAGAUCGAUAUCAUCUCCAGCCCCUCCUCUGCUGUCAUCCUACAUCUGAGGCAUGUUUUCCUCUUUGCAAUUUGAUUAAAAACUCAUGCUGACACAGGAGACAGGAGACCGGGGAAGGCACCUUGAAAGCAGUCGUCUAAACUGCUGCUUUGCUCCCGUGUCACCCGUUAUUCUGCAUAAGUGACCCAUGAGUAAGUGACUCAGUCAAAUCCAGUUGUCCUCCCUAUAUGCUGCAAUGACUUUCUGUGUUCAUUGCCAUUCGUCCUGGAAGCCUUAAAAACAGAAACAGCAUCACUUAGGCUCAGAGUUUUCUUUGGAUGGGAUGAGCUAAUGGAUAUGGAUCACCAACACGUUCAAGAACAAGCAGUUUGCUGAAUGCUCUGGUGAGACAAUGGCCAGUCCUGUCCGAAUCCAGUCAGACAGCGCUGUUCUCCAGCCACUGCACUCCACAGGCUUCACCGAGAGCUCGCUGGCCCUUCUUAAGCGAGAAGAUGGCUUGGAUAUGGUCGACCACAAACCCCGUCUUGACGUCUCGGACCGAGGACAUCCGGGAGUCUAUCUGUCCUGCUUUGACAUGCUGUUCACCGAGGAUGCUGCCUGGCUGGUGAGGGUGUCGGAUUCGUCCACACCCGCGGUCGUCGGGCCCAGGCUGGAGCCGUGUCAGGAACCGGAGCAGUGUCCGGUGAUCGACAGCCCCGGGCUGGGAGCCUCGCCGCUGUCUCCUACUCUGGAGGAACAGGUGGAGGAGCGAUCUUUAGAACAGGUGCAAAGCCUGGUAGUGGGAGAAGUUCUGAAGGACAUUGAGACCGCUUGCAAACUUCUCAACAUCACACCAGACCCGAUGGAGUGGAAUUGUGGGAACGUUCAGAAGUGGCUGUUGUGGACGGAGCAUCUCUACAGGCUCCCGCAGGUGGGAAAGGCCUUCCAAGAGCUGGAUGGCAAAGAUUUAUGCUCCAUGAGCGAGGAAGACUUCCGACAGCGUUCACCACAGUGCAGCGAGACUUUACACGCACAUCUGGAUAUAUGGAAAUCAGCUGCCUGGAUGAAGGAAAGAUGUUCAGGUGGAGAGACCAGGAUGAGAGAAGGUGAAGAGCUGUGGUCUGAAGCGGAUUCGUCUUGUUCUGGUCAGCCGAUCCAUCUGUGGCAGUUCCUCAGAGAACUUCUGCUCAAACCUCACAGUUAUGGACGCUGCAUCCGCUGGCUGAAUAAAGAGAAAGGGAUCUUCAAAAUCGAAGAUUCGGCUCACGUGGCACGUCUCUGGGGUUUGAGGAAGAACCGUCCUGCUAUGAACUAUGACAAACUCAGUCGCUCUAUUCGGCAGUACUAUAAAAAGGGCAUCAUCCGCAAGCCAGAUGUCUCGCAAAGACUUGUCUAUCAGUUCGUCCAUCCGGUAUAAGAGCGAUGUAUAGUGAACUCAACCACUGAGACGAGAACUUUAUGAACUGACUACACAUUUCCUGAGACUAUUUCUGGGUUUUGCAUGACAGUGAAACCAAGACUCCAAGAUUUCAGCCACUUUCUAUGUUUAAAAUAUAAUUGUGCUUCGAAAUUUGUACAUGCACUCUUUUAAAAACCACUUGUGUGUCUGUUGAAACGUAGUAUCAGCUUUGCACUGCUACUUUCUGUUACUUAAAAAAAAGCCUGUCAAAUAAACUAUGAUGUUUAACAGAAGCACUAAGGUUAAAAUAAGUGAUUUAGUAGAUAUUCUUUGAAGUAUGUUACAGGUUACUCGCAAGGUCUGCCUGUCAGCGUGUCUCUGAGCAAACCUUGGUUUCCCUGCCCAUGAUUUGCAGU